AUGGCUCCAGGUGCCGCCCAGAAUCAACGAGGCAUUGCAAUAACUGGUUUCAUCACCGCACUCUCGGUCGCCGUCUUGCUCUUCCUGAUCCAGAUCGCCGUGUUCCUGUAUUUGAGAAGACAGCAUCAUCUGACUCAUAUAUACAAACCCAAAGCGAAUUCCAACCCGCCGAAGGCGAAACAACUGCUUCAGCAGGUGAUCAGAUUUCCCGAUAAGACAAUCCCCGAAGAAACAAUCAAAGAAUGGGAAGGUUCUGAUGCAUACUACUUCCUUCGAUACCUCAGGACCCUUCUUAUGACGUUCUUACCUAUCUCUCUUGUCGUCGUCCCUAUUCUCAUACCAUUAAACUACUCGAAUGGCAGGGGACAAGACCUUGAUCCCUCUUCCCGGGAAUCAUCGGCAGUAGGGACUUGGCAAGUCAUGGGGCUUGAUACACUGGCUUUUGGUAAUAUAAAAAGUUCUAAUACGGAUCGCUAUACGGCACAUCUCGUGUGCGCCGUGCUUGUCAUCGUGUGGUUCUGUUGUGUGUCAUUGACGGAGAUGAGAGAGUAUGCACGGAAACAACGGCAUGCUACCUCGCCCACGAAUAGGAUAUCACAAGACCAGCACGGCCUAAUAAAUACCUUUAAACCUGUUGUUGAAACAGUCAGAGAUGUACACCGCCUGCUGCGCAAAAGAGACGAAGCUCUAGAUAAGUUCGAGUCAGCAGCCAUCUCUCUGAUCAAGGGAAAAUCGACUUUUAAGGUAUACUUCAAAGCACAGCUAUACGGCGGUUUGUUUCGGCGCUUGGAGAGCGAUAUCGAAACGAAGAUUAUGGCAUUGGACGGUCUUGAAGAGCUGUGCGCGGGGAAGACGGCUCGUCAACCGUGCGAGCUCUGCGCGGGGAACAGGGAUGGUCAACCGCGUCAGCCAUGCGAGAGAAAGGCGGAUGGUAAACCGUGUGAACGGUGCAUCGCAGUGAAAUCCGCAUGGCAGAACAUUUUGUGGAGCAACGUUGGCCGCCCUAGGUGGCAAAAAUGGAUUCGCACCGCAUUUGUGGCCUUUAUCUUGACUGCGAUGAUUGCGCUGUGGGCGAUACCCGUGUCCUGGACGGCAGCCCUGAGCCAGCUCGACACCUUAAUCCGCAACAAGGACUUGCGGUCCUUUUUCCUGCAGCAUAGAACAUUAAGGACGUUGGCUGUGUCUGUAGCGGGAGUUUUACCUGGAGUAGCGCUUACUUUGAUGCUUAUGCUGAUACCUCCUCUGCUUGAGUGUCUGUCUCGGAUACAGGGAUCUACAUUGAGGUCUCAACAAGCCGCCUUCGUCCAACGAUUCUACUUCGUCUUCCUCUUCGUGCAGAUGUUUUUGGUAGUUUCUAUCGCCUCGUUCUUCUCUUCAUCCUUGAACCAGUUCCUGGAAAACAUUGAAGCUGGUUUCUAUCGCCUCGUUCCUCUCUUCAUCCUUGAAUCAGUUCCUGGAAAACAUUGA